AUGAAUACCACUCCAUCAAAAAAAAGAACCAUUAGAGAUAUUUCUAAUACUCAAUUACCACUUACACCUACUAAAACUCCAACCAAAUCUAAGAAAAUCAGAAUUGAUGACACUUUUGAUGUUGGAAAACCGUCAUGUGUGAAAAAACUAGAUUUUGGACUUGUUACACCCACCAAGAAGAAACCUUCACCUUCACUAUCAACUUCAAUUUACUCGCAAGCUAAAGCACUAUUUCAACGUGGAUCCAAUUUGGGUCACUCUAAUGAUUAUUUUUUGACUAGUCGAGAGAAAGAGGCUAAAUAUAUCACUGAUUUUGUUACAAAUAGCAUCCAACAGAAAGUAUCCAAUAGUCUAUAUAUUUCUGGUCCUCCUGGUACGGGUAAAACAGCUCAAGUUCAACUAAUACUACAACCAUACCAACAGAAAUCAAGAAUACGAGUAGUGAAAAUUAAUUGUAUGACAUUAAACAACCCAGAACAAAUUUAUCAUGAAAUAUAUUGCAAAAUAAUGAAUAAAUUAUCAAUUUCUUUUCAUAAACGGAAGACUUUGGAUGAUUUUAUGACAUUAAUGAAUGAUAAUGAGAAUCAACAAUUUGAUUCUGUGAUUGUAUUACUUGAUGAAUUAGAUUCUUUGAUUACAAGUGAUCAACAAGUUUUAUUUCAAUUGUUCAAAAUGGCUAGUAUGAAUAAUAUUCCUCAGACUAAAAUUAAAUUGAUAUUAAUUGGGAUAUCUAAUACUUUGGAUUUGAGUAGUAAAUUCUUACCAAGAUUAGUUAGAAAUAAUAUUCAAUUGGACAACCUACAAUUUUUGCCAUAUAAUGCUGAUCAAAUUAAAUCAAUUAUAAUAAACCGAUUAUCAAAUCUUAAACAGGAAAUCUUCCAUCCGGGUGCAAUACAACUUUGUUGCAAGAAAUCAGCAUCAAUAUCAGGUGAUUUGAGAAAGGCAUUUGAUAUAUGUUACAAGUCAAUCGAAUUAGUAGAAAGAAGUUGUCAAGGUACAGAUGUGAUCAAUAAAGUUAUGAUUCAACAUGUGGCCAAAAUAUGUAUGUCAGCUUUUGGCAAUAAUGAAAAUCAAUUGACCAAUUUGAAUUUAUUACAAAAGGCAAUCUUGUGUCAAUUAUUCAAUUGUCAGAAGGAGAAUAUUUCGAAACGUUCAACCAGUACCACCACUCUUACUGUGAAUUCAUUUUAUGAUUAUUAUAAAAAGCAAUAUGAAAUGAAUGAUUUGAUUGGACUGCUAAAACAUGCCGAAUUCAUUGAAAUAUUAUAUGCAUUGGAAAGUAGUAGUUGUAUUUUGUUAACCAAUUCCAAUAAAAAUGGUGGUAAUAGUAACAAAAAUAUUAAAUUAAAUGUAUCCUACGAUGAUAUAGUGAAAAGUGUUGAGAACAUUGGAAUUUUGAAGAAAAUUUUACAAAAACCAAAUUGA